GACACUCAUUCUUCAGUACACCGUUCGUGAGUGCGAACAUCGCCGUAAUGUCUGAAUUAAUAUUCACAGCAGCAGGUCUGCAGAACUUUUACAAGAGUUAGAUUUUUCUAUAAGAUAUAAAGUAUACAAGUGAAAAAUUGUGAUUAAAUUACUCACUCGCGUAUAUAUAAAAUUUACACGUUUCUUUGAAAAGCAAAAGUUUAUAUUAAAAAAUUAUUUCUUUAAUAAUUAGAUAUGAUAGUUAAUAGUCAGACAUAAGAAUGGAAGAAACGGUGGCAUUGAUUAAAUCAUGCAUAAUUUCGAAGAAAGGCGGUGUACCAAUUACAGAUCUAAAUGAUGAAUUUCAAAUUCUCGUCGGAGAAUCUAUUCCAUAUCGCAGAUUAGGAUUUACGAGUCUCCGUGCAUUUUUACAAACUAUAGAUGGUUUGGAGACAAGUUGGAAUAAUUUUGGUGAACAAACAUUAAGAAUAAAUGAUUCUAAAAUAUCUCAUAUCGAUAGACUUAUACGCAAGCAAAAAAUGGAUUAUUCAAAGACGAGAAACAAAUAUUAUAAACAGUUUAUGCGAAAUGGCAAUCUUAAACAUGAUGAUCGUAGACAAAGGAAUAGAUUAAUUUAUAAUGCCGAUCGAAUCAAUAGACGGAAUCAAGAUUUCGCUCAACGUCGUGAUGUAAAUUUAUUUGGAACCAAUGGCGUUUAUAAAAAUAAAGAUUUUUUAUAUUGGAAAGAAGAAAAUCAUCAUCCGAUAGUAAUAGAAACAAACCAAGUGAAAAAACAUGACAGCAUUUAUGAACCCGUUGCAAACGGGCAACAAUUACUCGGCGACGAUUUCUUUCUACAGCUUGCAAUACGAAAUUUACAUCUUCCCAUUUGGAGAUACAAGGAUAGCUUAGCAUUACAUUGUGGAUUGUGUAUCUCCGGACAGACCAUUAGCGACUGUACUCGGGCUUUGAGGAAUAUUAAUACUAUUUCUAAUCGUGUUGUGAUUUUGCUUGGCUCGGUUGAUGUUUAUAAUAACGCCACUUGCGAGGAAAUGGUAUACGAUAUGACGGAACUCUUGCAAGUUCUCCGGUCUAAAUUUCAUCUUUCAAACACAGCCAUCACUAUCUGUACUCUUCCACCUUUGGCUAACCUUAGCAUUUAUGCUCAUAAGAAACAAAGUAUGGCGUUGCUUUCCUUCAACAAUUGGAUAAGAUCUCUGACGGAUGAUCCGUCUAAAAGAGAUUCGUCUUUUAUCAAUUAUUCUGUAAUAGAUUUAUACGAAAAGUUCUGCUUUGACGAAACGUACGUCACAAACUACGAUUGGUAUCAAACCCAAGCGCGUAGAGUGUCCGGCACCAAACAUUCCUAUGUGCUGUGGAACAUGAAGGGACGAAAGCGAGCUAUGAGCCUCAUCUACGAAGAGGAAGACACAGAUCAAUCCAGAAGUCCCAGCUCGUUGUCAAUGCAAUGAGUUAUCUGGG